AUGCAAGAACGAGAGAACCUUUUCCAUACAAGGUGCAAGGUUCUUGAUAAGACAUGUGAUGUGAUUGUUGAUGGAGGAUCAUGCACGGAUGUGGCAUCCACAGAACUUGUCAGUAAGCUUAAGCUUCCUCUUCGAAAUCAUGCUAAGCCUUACAAAUUGAAUUGGUUGAAUAAUGAAACUGGUUUGAAGGUCAAGAAACAAGCUUUAGUUUCAUUUACAAUUGGCAAUUAUCAUGAUGAACGUUGGUGUGAUGUAUUGCCUAUGAGUGCAUGUCAUAUUUUGCUUGGUAGACCAUGGCAAUUUGAUAGAAAUGCUAUACAUGAUGGUGUUUCUAAUAUAUAUACGGUUACCACGGGUGGAAAAAGAUUAAAUUGUUGCCUUUGCCUCCUAAGGUUGAACCUAUGGUGGAAAGGAGACCUAAUUUCUGAUUUCGAGGAAAGAGUUCGAAAAGAGUGUGCAAUGGAGGGAGGAGGGUUUGUACUUCUUGUUAAACCCAUUUCUAAUGUUGUUUCCUAUGCCACUAACUCUUUGUUUUUGAGUCAUUUGCUUGAAGAAUUUUCCGAUGUAUUUCCUAGUGAUUUCACCGAAAGGAUCGCCACCUUUCGUGGGAUUGAGCAUGCAAUUGACUUAAUCCCGGGAGCCCCAUUGCCUAACAAAGCAGCCCUAUCGGUGCAAUCCCGAGCAAGCUAA